CAAACUCCAAAGUAACCGCCAUCUUGCGAUUGUGGUGACUGGUGAAGCCGUAUAGUUUUUCGCACGUGCAAAUUAUAAUUUAAAGAUAAGUGAUACUUUUGGAAUUCCAAAAUGGUUGCACAAACUAAGGUGUUUGUGGGAAGCUUACCCCAAGGAUCAAAACCUGAAGAUUUGAGAAAGCUUUUUGAACGUUUUGGAGUAGUCACAGAAUGUGACAUUAUGAAUAGAUGUGGCUUUGUACAUAUGCAAACAGAAGAUCAAGCGACGGCGGCUAUUCGCGCUCUAAACAAUUCCAACUUCAAUGGCGGUGUUAUUACUGUCGAGCGCGGUCGUAUCAAAGAACGCGGGCAAAGAGGAGGUCGAGGCGGUAUGCGAGGUGGAAUGCGCGGAUCGAUAGAUCGUCGAGGUGGAGGCCCAAUGCGCGGUCCGCCUCGCGACGCGCCAUACCCGCCGAUGCGGGACUCCAGGGGCAUGGGACCCAUGCGCGGGGCCGACAUGAGAGGACCGCCUAUGGGCGGUGGAGCUAUGAGGAACGGUGGUAUGGGUGGCGCCGCGCCUUACGACCGAGGUAUGGAUCGCUCGAUGGGUGGCGGAGGCUACGACGACCGAGGUUACAACGGCUAUGGCGGUGAAGAUAGGCGAGGUUUCGCAUUAAUGGACGGUCGUGGCGCCCGAGACCAGUACGGUGCUCCCCCGCCGAUGUACGGAGACGACAGACGUGGCUACGGCGCGCCCGUCGACGACAUGGCAGCGAUGUACCCCGAUGACAGACGAGCGCCCAUGUACCCUGACGAGAGAGACAUGAUGGACAGAAGAGUGCCGAUGAGAGGUGGCCCCAUACCUGUUGCCACUGGCUAUGACCGAGCACCGCCUAGAGCUGCUCCAAUGGGCAAUGGAGACAUGUACAGUAGAAGGACACCACCAGCAAUGAGGGGUGGAGCCGGAGCUGUCGGCUAUGACAGAGACCCAUAUGCUCAACAGUACCCACCCCUGGGACGCGGCGGCGGCGCGGCAGGGCGCGGCGGACGGGAGGCGCUCCGCCACUACUAGCGCGACGCCCGCGGCGGCGCGCGGCGGUACGUCCGCACCGUACUCGCCGAUCUAACGACCCGCCACACGAACAAAACCUAACCUCCUAGCGUAGUCUUCCCGAGCGCGUUCUAGUGCGCGUUCUGCGUCACGUCCGCGAUACGCCCGACCCGUUGCUAAUCAUACGGUAAGACGGUAUCUGACGUACGUCCCGGUGCGAACUCUCGACUCAGUCGAUUUAAGGAUUUGAACAAGGAAUACAUUCGAACGUUUUAAAUAAAUAAGUAUUAAUAUGAAGCGGCGUUUUUUUUCCCGCCGUCGAGCGAUCUCGUUCGACGUGUCUUAUCUAGGCGUUACUGCGUAAACAUGCGAAAUCUUGCGUUUUAAUCAUUGUAAUUAAUUAAGGCAAUCGAGAUGUGUAUAAUAUUUUUCUUUUAGAUUAAACUCCUUUUGGAAAAAAAAUUGUUUUGACUUUCAACCACUCCUGUGUAACGAGUCCACUGCAUGACACCUGCGACAGUCCCCCGGGGCCUCCCAUAGCUUCCUUUCCACUUAUGCGUAAAGUUAACGUCACGGCUUAUAGAAAUCUACUGUUUGAUUUUACUGUACAUAUCGUCACGAUCGUUUGAUACGUUUCAAAGGACGAGAAACAUCAAAGUAGACGGUAGAUUCUCUGAGCGAACCGACGCUACGACUGUUAGGUAGAACAGUGCGGUCGGUAGUCGGUCCGGAAACUUAACAUAGUUGCAAAUGUUUUACUAAACGUUGUCGAGCGUCAACUUUCAACCUGAAAGUGCGUGCGAGUCCUUUCAGUCAGAGCGGCUUGAGCGUAGCGGUCGUCGGCGGCGCCUCGGCGGUAACUGGCUCUAGCCAGGUCUGGGCGUGUAGAUAGGCGACGGCGACCGAAGAUAGAGGGAUGCGAAUGAUACAAUCGAAUUGGGGAGCUGGGUGAAGGAUUGAACUCAAGAAGCUGGAAGGAACAAUUCAAGAAGGGUACUUUGCCAAAGUAAGCUCUUAUGGAUAGAUCAUGGAUGGGAUUAAAGAACUUAGACUAUGGAGGGGAUGAACGCGUGAAAUAAAAUAGUUAUCUGUAUGUAA